GCAAAAAGGGUGGAGGGCGCGAGGCGAGGCGGGGCGGGGCCAGGGAGGCGGGGCUGGGCAGUCCCAAAUGACCCCGGCGUCCCCAGCUCCCUUACAGCUAUGGGCUCCCAGCCCCCCAACUUCUCAUGGGUGCUCCCGGGCCGCUUGGCGGGGCUGGCACUGCCCCGGCUCCCCGCCCACUACCAGUUCCUGUGGGCUCAGGGAGUGCGGCACCUUGUGUCCCUGACGGAGCGCGGGCCUCCCCACAGUGACACCUGCCCUGGCCUCACCGUGCACCGGCUCCGCAUCCCCGACUUCUGCCCGCCGGCGCCCGAGCAGAUCGACCGUUUUAUGCGCCUCGUGGAUGAGGCUAACGCGCGGGGAGAGGCUGUAGGGGUUCAUUGUGCCCUGGGUUAUGGGCGUACAGGCACCAUGCUGGCCUGCUAUCUGGUGAAGGAGAAAGGCCUGGCCGGGGGAGAAGCUGUGGCUGAGAUUCGGCGACUGCGACCAGGUUCCAUCGAGACCUAUGAGCAAGAGAAAGCAGUUUUCCAGUUCUACCAACGAACCAAGUAGGGGAAGAUGGCACUACACUUCCCCCAACCCAUAUGGUGCAUAGGCCUGAGAAGCCAGAGCCAAAGCCAGAACUAGUCCAUGCUGUGGAGGAGCAGCCUGAGGUCACAGCAGUAACCACACUCCAUCCGGAUCAGAAGAGAUACACCCCUAUUCCAAUAGGACAGUGAAACUGGACCUGAAUAUGGGAGUGGCCAGUAUCCACAUUCCCAUUACAGACAUGUACGUGGGCAAACUUUGUAUUUACCUCAAUAAAAUGAUCACUGAACUUC